ACAAAUCACCAAUUUGAUUUGUCCGCAACUUCAAGGUGCGGAUAACCUUAAUAUCGUAUUAUGUUUAGGCCUAAGUAUUUUGAGUUUUCUACAACCCUAUUUUGGUACAAGCUCACAAAACAUUCCCGUUAGCACUGCGCCGUCUCUCUCUCUCUCUCUCUCUCUCUCUCUCCCUCUCUCACGCUCAAAGCUCUAUCAGCACCCCACCCCCCCCCCCCCCCCCGCGCGGGGCCGCGAUUACAGUCGCCAUGUGGUGAGCUCCCGCGCAACCGAUGGCAGCACUUAGAAGAAUCUCGCUGCAGUUUUCGGGGCAUGUGGCCUUCUCGAACCCCACCAUAUCCAGAAUAUCGUCAUCUUCCUCCUCUGUUCUCCCCCCUGCUCUUCUCAUUUCUUGCAGAGGCUUCGUUUCUAAGCUUUUCGUUGGAGGGCUGUCAUUUUACACCUCAGAGAAGGAACUGUCAGAAGCAUUUUCUCAAUAUGGCCAAGUUGUUGAUGCUAAAAUUGUGAUGGAUAGAGUUUCAGACAGGUCAAAAGGUUUUGGCUUUGUGACCUUUGCAUCAGAGGAUGAAGCUCACAAAGCAAUUUCAGAAAUGAAUGGAAAGCAAUUGAAUGGACGUGUUAUUUUUGUUGACCACGCGAAGCCCAAAUCUGGAUUUGACAAGAUUGGGAUGCCGAUAGCCAGAGGACCUCCCGAACCAGCAUCUGAAAAUUAAACCACUUGAAGAUAUAAUUUACUGAACAAGUGGGAGAAACAAUUGGAUAUCUGACACUCAACUGCCUAUUUCUUAUAAAAUGAACUCGUGAGGGUUACAUGUGGAUCGAAAAUCAGAAGCAUCACUUGAACCAGAAGCAAGAACUGAUGGAAAUGAUGCAAGAGACCUGAAAUUCAAUGGAUGAUUUUCUCCAUUUUACGGUAGUCCUAAACUUGCAGGUAUUGUAAGUUUGCUUGUACAAGUGAUUACCAUGGCAGGUACUGUUUAUGAACUUAUUUUAAUUGUUCAGUUUUGAGUGACGAAUGAACCAUAUUUGGAAAUGAUCACCCUGAAGGAUACCUUUUGCAUUA